ACCCUGAAUUCUUCCAGAAAUCCUAUUCCUAUUGUGGAGCAAAUCACCAUUGAAUUCCUUGCCUCCUCCUCCCUGUCAUUCUCCUUCUCUUUAUUUUGUGGUCUUUGAGGUGGUUGUCUCUGGCUCUCUUUGGGUAAUUUUAUUUUUUGGAGUGGUUUGGUUGAUUCUGUUUUCUUACAUCUAUUCUUAAACAUUUGCUCUCUGCACCUGCAUCCCUGAAAAAAGAAUUGUUAUAAUAUAGGUAUAGCUCUUGAACUAAACAAUUCCUGUCCACCAAUUAACUAGUUGGUAUUGAUAUCUUUUACAGAAAUAAUUUAGUUCCAAAUUUCAAGAGAUGGUAUAGAAAAUCAGGAUUCCUUUUGCAUCCAUGUAGAAAUCCUCCUGAAAUGGACAAAAGAAUAAUAUAGAAAUUGAAAGGAAACCUUUCAUUCAUCUUCUGUGCAUUCAUUUAUGGUUUUGGGGAUUGAUUUUGUUGUAGAUUUCCAAUAGGUUACGUAGAUUUCCUUUUGGGUCUCCCCUUUCAAGCUACCUCCUGUGGAUGAAACCCUUCUGGACAGAUUUGAACAAGGGUAGAUGAUUACAGAUGAGACAAGCAGUAGCUCCUUGUGGAGUUGGGAGCAGGAGAAGGCGUUCGAGAAUGCCCUUGCAAUUCAUCCUGAGGAUUCCGAGGAUCGGUGGGAAAAGAUUGCAGCUGAUGUACUGGGGAAAACUGUUGCAGAGAUCAAACAUCAUUAUGAGCUUUUAGUUGAAGAUAUUAAUGGGAUUGAAUCUGGACAUAUUUCUCUGCCGUCCUAUACUACUACUUCAGAGGGUUCAACAGACCAGGCAGGUGAGGCUGGGACUAGUAAAAAGGGCAGCCACUCUGGCGAAUUUCAUAAUGAAUCUAAUCAUGGAGGAAAAACAUCAAGGUCUGAACAAGAACGGCGCAAGGGCAUAGCUUGGACUGAGGAAGAACACAGGUUAUUUCUUCUUGGAUUGGAAAAAUAUGGAAAGGGCGAUUGGCGGAGCAUAUCUCGAAACUUUGUGGUGUCUAGAACUCCUACACAGGUGGCCAGUCAUGCACAAAAAUAUUUUAUACGCCUGAACUCAAUGAACAGAGACAGGAGAAGAUCAAGCAUCCAUGAUAUUACAAAUGUGGGGAAUGGAGAUGUAACAGCACCCCAAGGUCCAAUCACUGGUCAAACAAAUGGGUCUACUGCUGGAUCUUUAGGUAAAUCUUCCAAAACACCACCUCAGGCCCCAGCUGGUGGCCCUGGAGUUGGUGUAUAUGGUACUACCAUAGGCCAACCGAUUGGAGGCCCCCUCAUUUCAGCGGUUGGCACUCCUUUAAAGCUUCCCGGCCCUCCACAUAUGGCAUACGGUGUGCAACCUCCAGUACCUGGACCUAUUGUUCCUGGUACCCCAAUGAACGUGACUCCAAUGACAUACCCAAUGCCACAUACAUCUGCUCACAGAUGAUUUUACAUUGUCAGCCAUCCAGUGUAUAAAAGAAAGAGAAUGGGCAGCUCGUGAUGGGUCCUCUCUGCUUAGGGCAGAACAGGAUAGCCUAAGUUGCAAGCAAAGGUUAUCUAGUGCCAUUGUGGGUAUAUUCUUAGUCUAGACUUAGGUAUGAGAUUUGCCAAUUCUAAUUGUGAUGGAAAUAAACCAUAGGAAAGGAAUUACAUGUACAUGUAUAGGAAAAUUUGGAAGUUAGUGUGUGGAGCAGGUUAUUUCUGUUUCUUUUGUUCAUUACCAUUAGUAUUAGUGUUAGGUGCUAAGACAAAGCAAGGUGUAAAGAACCCAAUUCUUAUUUGACUUAUUCCAGUGGUAA